UUGAAGAUGAUCCAUAUUCUUCCAAACCUUGUGGUAAAUUGCGGUUAGAGCUGCAAGAAGUUCUUCUGGAACCUUUGAGACAUAAGUGAAGGCUUGCUCUAACUCACCUUGCUCCAACACAGAUUCUCCAGCGUCGGAGCUCCACCAGAGAGAGAAGUCCACCAAAUCCCGUGGGUCGCGAUGGCAGCAUUGAAGUUUGUCCGCUCCGUUUGGGAGUCAUUCCGAACGACUUCAGGAGUAGAACCUAGAUUAAUCGAUACGAUGCGGAUAACGGCAGCGGAGCCUGGCAAAGUUAACUUUGAGCUCCCCAUCGAGAAGCAACAUACCAACCGGCUGGGAAUACUACACGGAGCAACCCUGGCUACAAUGGUAGAUACCAGUGGCUCUCUCGCGGUCGCGUCGCGCGGUCUCUACGCUACAGGGGUAUCAACCGAUUUGAACGUGACUUAUUUGAAUUCUGGCGGCAAGAUCGGAGAUCUUGUCAAGGGAGAAGUCAUCUGUGAUAAGUUCGGCAAGACCUUGGCAUAUACAACAGUUAAAUUCAUGAAUCAGAAGGGCGACAUUGUGGCUCGUGGCAGUCAUACAAAGUUCGUGGCGGCCGCAUGGAAGGAUGAAAAGAAUAUUGUGGAUGAGUUGAAGCCCGCAGUCAGCGAAUCCAAGGUAUCAGAGGCGACCCGAACGACCUUGUCAGGGAAGUAGUGUAUAUCAAUAACUCCUAGACAUAAUAAACUGUACCCUCAA